AGUUGUGCCGCGUAUUUUACCCCGAAACAAUGUGAAUUUCAUUCUAUUUCGAUCGACGGAGAAAAGGUUUCAUGAUAAAAACAAAUUUGGCACUUGUUAAAUAACAUUAACACAGUAAUACAAUGAAAUACAUAUACGUAAAAUGAGAGAAAUAUAUCCAACAGACGAAAGCCAUGAAUCCUCGACUGAUGCUGUUCUGGAUUUUUAUUCCACUAGGUGGUUUCCCAAUACCCGAAAAUAUGUAUUUGAAUUUAUUGCCUUAUUUUGAUAAUUCUACUAAGAGAGAUUAUGUAAUAAAUGUCGGACAAACAGCGUAUCUACAUUGCAGAGUUGGCAACUUAGGAGACAGAGCGGUUUCCUGGAUACGGAAACGUGAUUUACACAUUCUAACAGUUGGUAUUUUUACAUAUACAAAUGAUCAAAGGUUUCAGUCACUACAUACCGAUGGUUCAGAAGAAUGGACUUUAGCCAUAGCGUCUGCACAAAUUAGAGAUGGAGGUAUUUAUGAAUGUCAAGUUAGUACAGAACCAAAGAUCAGCCAAGCAUAUCACCUUAGCGUUGUAGUUUCAAAAGCUACCAUAUUGGGAAAUUCUGAAAUAUAUGUACGAUUUAAGAGUGAUAUUAAUCUCACUUGUGUUGUAACUGAAACACCAAAUCCACCCAGUUUUAUUUAUUGGUAUAGGGGCGGAAAACUAAUAAACUAUCUAGAAAGAGGUGGAAUCAAUAUUGUUACAGAAAAGCAAACUAGAACUAGUCGUUUACGAAUUUCAAAAGUAUUACCAGAAGACAGUGGAAACUAUACAUGUUUACCAUCAUCAGGACAAGCAGCUAGUGUAUUCAUUCAUGUAUUAUUUGACAAACAGCCUGAGGCUAUGCAUCACAGUUUCAAUCUACGAGGAAGUGCCAGCCAAAAAACUCACAAUAAAAUUAUUAGAUUGUGUUUGAACCUACUCAUUGUUCCUUAUUACUGUUUACAAAAUAGCUAUAGACUGUAUUUAUAUUGAUGAUAUUUGUAAUAUAAUUUAAAUCAAUAUAAAUUUUUUUAAUCACAAAA